AAGAUAUUAUAAUUUACUUUUAUGUUUUAUGAGAAGCUAAAAUAUAAUAGUAAAAAUAAACAGUGAAGUAUUUGUUUGUUAUAAGAAAAUUUAUGGAUUUAUUACUUUAUUAUAAAUAUAUCAAUUCUCUCUUUUAAAAAAUAUUUAUAAUAAAUGUAUAAUACUGCGCAACAGUUUCAGUGCUAGAAUCAUCAGGAUAAAAAGGAUAAUACAACAUAUAAAAAAUGGUUAUUUGCACUGAAUUUCAAGCAAUUGUACUUGCUGGUGGAAAGGGUUCUCGUAUGACAGAACUCACAGCUGGACAACCAAAAUGUUUAUUACCCAUUGGAAAUAAACCAAUGAUUUGGUUUUCUCUACAACUACUUGAACGUAGUGGAUUCAAUGAAUGUCUUAUAGUGGUAUCAGAAUCAGUGAAAAAUGAUGUAUCAUUGUCGUUAGAUAAAUUAGAUUUAAAAAUUAAAAUGGAAAUUAUAGGAAUACAAGGUGCAGAAGACCUUGGUACUGCAGAUUCUAUUAGACUAAUUCAUGAAAAAAUUCACACAGAUUUCUUAGUAUUAUCAUGUGAUUUGAUCACAGAUAUCGAUAUCUCUGAAACAUUAAAUCUAUAUAGAAAACAUAAUGCAAGUAUUACAGCAUUGAUGUUACCAAUGAUCAAAGUACCAGAUGAAUUUGUUACUCCAGGACCUAAAAAUAAACAAAGACCAGAAACGGAUCUAAUUGGAAUAGAUAAUGAAACAGGACGUUUAGUAUUUUUGGCAUCAGCUUCAGAUUUCGAAGAAACAAUAAAUAUAUCUCAAAAAAUUCUUAGGAAACAUACCAGUUUUACUAUGCACUCUAAACUAAUGGAUGCACAUGUGUAUAUUAUUAACAAAUGGGUUUUGGAUUUUCUAGUAUUUAACAAAAACUUUAGUACAUUGAAAGGUGAACUUCUUCCAUAUAUAGUUACUAAACAAUUAUCAAAACCACCUAAGCAAUCUCUAGAAGACAAAAAUACUUCCAUGGUACAAGUAAAUUUGAAAGAAGAUAUAUUCCGUUUUGCAGUUGCAAAACCAUUAGAUGAGUUAAUAAGAAGAAUGUCUGCAUUUAAUGACCACAAUACUGAUCUACAAGAAGCUUACCAUGGUGAUAUAAUUAGGUGUUAUGCUCACAUUAUGAAUGAUGGGUUUGGAUUAAGAGCUAACACUAUUCAAAUGUAUCAUCUUGCAAAUUUUAAGAUAUCUGAUUGGUCUUCUAGUAUUAUAAAAUCUGAUUUAUUUCUGAAUACAUCAUCAUCUGCAACUGUUAAAAGUACACAAGUUCAAAAUUGUAGUAUAGAUGAAAAUGCAUUUAUUGACGAGAAAACAUCUCUCAAAUUUAGUCACAUUGGUGCUAACACAGUUGUUGAAACGAAAACCAGAAUUUCAAACAGUGUUAUAAUGGGCAAUGUAACUAUAAAAGAAAGAUGCAUAAUACACAACAGUAUUUUAUGCAAUGGAUCUAUCAUCGAGGAAGGUACCGAAUUAAAGAAUUGUAUAGUCGGAGCUCAACAUGUCGUAACAUCGAACAGUCAACAUUCUCGAGAAGUGUUAACCGAAGCUGACAGAUUAAUAGAGAUUUAAUUAUUCACUAAUAAUUUAUUAUUGAAAUUAAACUGAAAAAUAGUUAUUUAUAUAAGUAAGGAAAAA